AUGACUAAAACAUACACCAUAGAAGAAGUUGCUCAACAUAACACCGAGGAUUCCAUCUGGAUCAUAGUUCAUGAGAAAGUUUUUGAUGUAACAAAGUUUCUUAAAAAAUAUUCUUCUCAACUAUGUAUUGGUGAAAUUAGUUCUGGGCCAACCGAAGAAACAAUCGAUGAAGCCUUUUCUGGAGAUGGUCCAUUUGGUGAUCUUGUACCUCAUGGCGAUCCUUAUUGGUAUCAAGAUUUCUAUAGUCCAUACUACAAUGAUAACCAUCGUCGUGUACGUGCUGCUGUAAGAGUAUUUGUUGAAAAAGAGAUUAUGCCUUAUGCUUAUGAAUGGGAUGAAGCUAAAAGAAUUCCUAAAGAAUUAUUCAUAAAAAUGGCUGAUGCCGGUAUUUUACCUGGUGUUGUAGACUUUGAUCAUUUCGCAGAAUUUGUUCUUUCUGAUGAAUUGGCUCGUUGUGGUUCGGGUGGUAUUCUUUGGGGUUUGACUGGUG